UAUCUGCUCUGCUGAAUGGUGACCCAAUUCAACCAUCUUCUUUAUCCAGAACUUCUCAUCUUUUGCACCUCUAAUUUAUAUAAAUUGAAGCACACCCACUAGCUAGGCAAAGACAAAAUUACAAUUCACCAACCAAAAUACAAACAUGGAGAUUUUGUCGCAAAUGUGGUCUCUCCUUGGCCUUCUUACAGUCCUCCAAAACAUCUUACCAACACAGCUCCUCUCCCUUCUCCACUCCAUCUAUGAGUCCCUCCAAGAUCUCAUCUCUCCUUAUUCAUACUUCGAUAUCCCUGAGUUUAAUGGCUACUGCGGUGUUGAGAUAAAUGACCUCUACCGCCAUAUCAAUCUCUAUCUCAACUCUGUCAACUCUUCCACCUCCGCCGCUGCCUGCCGUCGCCUUACCCUCUCCCGCUCCAAGUCCUCCAACCGCAUAUCCUUCACUGUAGCUCCUAAUCAAACUGUCCAUGACACCUUCAAUGGCCACUCUAUUUCUUGGACUCACCAAGUCGAAACUGUCCAAGACUCGCUAGAAGAGAAGCGUAGUUUCACUCUCAAGUUACCAAAGCGCCACUGCACCACACUGCUCUCACCGUAUCUCCAACACGUGACAUCACGUGCCGAGGAGUUCGAGCGGGUGUCAAGGGAGAGGAGGCUCUUUACUAACAAUGGGAAUGCCUCGUACGAGUCUGGGUGGGUCUCAGUUCCUUUCCGUCAUCCUUCCACUUUCGAAACACUCGCUCUCGAUCCCCAAUUGAAGAAGCAGAUAAUGGAGGACUUGAAAUCAUUUGCUAAUGGAAGAGACUUCUACCACAGAGUUGGACGCGCUUGGAAGAGGGGUUACUUGCUCUAUGGUCCACCAGGCUCCGGAAAGUCCAGUUUGAUCGCUGCAAUGGCUAACUAUUUGUGCUACGACGUAUAUGAUCUUGAGCUCACCAAAGUCACCGACAACUCCGAGCUCAGAGCUCUGCUAAUACAAACCACCAGCAGGUCUAUCAUUGUGAUCGAAGACAUUGAUUGUUCCGUGGAUUUAACUGCUGAUAGAAUGCUAAAGAGUACAAGAAAAAGAUCCCAGCCAUCAACCGGAAAGGACUCGGGCAAUGAGGAGGAGAGCGGCCGCGUCACUUUAUCAGGGCUUCUGAACUUCACCGAUGGAUUAUGGUCAUGCUGUGGAGAAGAGAGGAUCAUAGUGUUCACAACCAAUCACAGAGAGAAUGUGGAUCCUGCGCUGGUUAGAUAUGGCCGAAUGGAUGUGCAUGUUAGUUUAGGCAAUUGUGGGAUGCAUGCCUUCAAGGUAUUGGCGAUGAACUAUUUGGGGAUAGAAUCGCAUUCACUAUUUGAUGUGGUAGAGAGCUGCAUAAGAUCUGGUGCCGGUGCCCUCACUCCGGCGCAGAUAGGGGAGAUAAUGUUGCGGAACAGAGGGAAUGCUGAUGUAGCGAUGAAGGAGGUGGUGGGUGCAAUGCAGGCAAGAAUAUUGAGCAGCGGGACUCAAAAGGAGCAUUUGAUAGAUUAUGAAGACGCGGUAACAAGGUCACCACAAAGCGUUCUGGCAGUAGCGUCACCGGAGAAUUGGGACUCGUCGCCGGGGAGGAUUGGUGGGAAGAAGAGAAAGGAAGGUGGUAACAACUGGGAGAAGAAGGCAAGGCUUCUUGUGAGGCUGAGAUCUUUGACCAAGUCUGACUCUGGUAGAAGGGGUGUGUGACCGAGUGCAGCUGAACCAUCAACAGGAUAAGAUUCUUCUUAUUUUGAUUAUGAACUGAGUAUAAUUUUUCACAUGUAGGUGAAAUAUUGGCUCUUCACUCAUAGACUUGUAAGAAAUUUAGGCUUUAUUUUGGGUUGUUUAUCUUUUGUUUAGAUGUAAAUUUUGAUGUAAUUUUGGCAACUAAUAUAUAUAUAUAUAUAUAUUUUUA